AGUGGCAGUCCUUUUCAAAAUGUGGCUCAGGCUUAAACAGCUAGCUUGCGUAGUCGCAUUGAUCCUCUUCACUGGGGUUGCGAGUUUUAAUCUUGACUUGGAACACACACUAAUCUACCAAUCUGAAAAUAAUGACGAUUACUUUGGAUUUAGUAUUGGUUUGCACGCCGGAAAUACAGCACAAGACGGCAAAACCUGGCUGAUUGCAGGCGCGCCGAAAGCGAACGACACCUCCUUGCCAAAUUCAACAGCACCCGGAGCAGUUUUUAUAUGCAACUUCAAGGAACAGUGCACGAAACUGAAAGUAACAGGAACAAUGGAAGAAAUAGCCAAUAAAUUUGACAGCAUAAACGAACGAUCCUUUAACGAACAAACAGAAGCCUUUAAAAAAGUGCAAGAAUGCCUUGUCAACGGUGAUUGCAAAGAUGUAGAGAAUGCACCAAAUGAUAAUAGUAAUAAGCCACGGAGUUACAGUUUCAUCUACAAUGAUUCCAUGAUUGGAAGCACAAUAGACGUAUCCGGCAAAUAUUUUCUCAUUUGCAGCCCUCGAGUGAAAGUUUUCUACAAGUCCAUGCCGAAGUACCAUCGAAUGUAUGGUUUCUGUCACUUGGGGAGAACAAACAACAUCAAUAAGACAAUCAAAACGAUUGUUCCAUUUUUUUCACUAAGAAAUUCUGGCGAGUUUGUCAACGUUCUAAGUAGCAACAACAAAGUUCUUUUUAAAAAUGUAUGGGGUCAAGCUGGAUUUUCUGGAACCUUGAGGAAGCGUGGUGGAGGCAUUUUACUCGGAGCUCCCGGAGCCGAUACUUUUGACGAAAACACACUUGGGAAAGUUGUUGCUUACGAAACAUCACCAGCAAAUAAUAAAAGUGUGCCUACCACACUUUUCAACUAUAGGGUGGAAUCCAAGCAAUGGUCGGAUCCGAACACCACUAACUUAGGUUACUCCGUUACAACAGGGAAUUAUUUCACACAAAAAUCACUAUUUUACGUGUCAGGCGCACCAUUAACUCUGCCUGCUGGAGAGGUUCAUUUAUUCACCAGAAACAACACUGGAAAAAGAAUUUUGCUUCGGGGUAAUCAAUAUGGAGAGAAUUUCGGAGCUACUCUUGCCACAGGCGAUCUGAAUGGCGAUACCUUCGAUGAUUUGCUCGUUGGAUCUCCGCAGUAUUCGAGUGGUAGUGCUUACCAGAAUGAAGGAAAAGUGACGGUUUUUCUUGGAGGAGGAAGCAAUUUGAACCACACAGAGACGAUAAUGGGAAAAAACAGAAAUGGACGAUUUGGCCAAGCUAUUUCAUGCAUUGGAGACAUUGACCGGGAUGGAAAUGACGAUUUUGCGGUCUCUGAACCUUUUUACGAAAGUGGAGCUGUACACGUUUUUAUGGGAAGUAAAAACGGGUUGAUUUUAAGCCAGAUCAUUUACGCUUCAAAAAUCCAUCCUCAACUAGCAGGAUUCGGGUAUUCAAUUUCGAGAGGUCGAGACAUGGACAAGAAUGGGUUUGCAGACAUUGCAAUCGGCUCCUACAAAAGUGGGCACGUGGUCAUCCUGAGAACGAAGCCUGUCGUAAACUUGGAAGUAAAUUUGACCUUCACUAAUGAACGUGUCCCUGUAAAUGAGACCGAGCUCACCGUGACCUUCUGCAUUUUCGGUGACAGUGCCGUUAAGCUCCCGUCAAUAAACGUGUCUUACAAAUUCACUCAAAUGGAUCACCGACUGACUAGAAAAGGUCAAGGAAACGUCGUGCAACUUCCUGUUGAUGGAAAAAUUCACUGCUACAAUGAAAGUUUUAAUCUCAACAAUAUAAAAGUGGAGCAGUUGAUCAAACUGACAGGGAAUUUCUCGAUCUUGUGUGAUAAAACACCGAAUUCAACUUAUUUAAUUAAGAUGGGCAACGCAGACACUAUAAACCAGGAGGAUUUAUUUGAUCAAAACUGUGCGAUGUCAAAGCAACCGCAUGUUGUGAGAGACGCAACAGCCGGCUUUCAACUUGAAUGCAAUAAUGGCACCUGUCAGGCCGAUUUAAAAAUCAGCGUUAGCGUGUCCAGUAUGGGAAAGAAUAUUCCUGAAAUUGUGGUAGGCUCUUUAAAAUCGGCGACGUUGACUAUUGUGGUUGAAAACUCCGGCGAGCCAGCGUACAACGCGUUAGUGGAAAUACAUUCGCAAACCGACCUUUCAGACUCGCAAUGCUCUCACAAGGGGCUUACUUACACGUGUCGACCUGAGAAUCUUUUGAGAAUGAGAUGGCAGAGAGAUAUCGAAAUUAUUCUCGAAAAGAAUAGUCUUGACGUGUUCGUCCGCGUUUUAACUGAUUCCCAACUGAAAAAUAACACCUCGAGCCAGCUUAAUUUCAGCUUGCCAUUUGUUUACGUGGCUAACGUGUCUGUAUUUGGCCAGCAAAACGACUCUGUCCGCUAUUUCCAGCCAGAGGUGAAAGAAAAACAAUUAAUUUACAGCUCAUUCACCUACGAGAUUUCGAAGCAAGGUCCAAGCCCACUGGAAAAGGUGCAACUGAGUGUUUUCAUACCUUUCAAAACUGCCAGGAAUGGGAGAUUCGUCAGCGUGCUUAACAGAGCAGUCUCGAGCAUGGAGUGUCUCUUGAUAGAUAAAGAUGAACCAAUGAAUAUGCCAGAAAUUAGUGCUUAUAACGAAUCCAGGAGUACAGAGAGGGAUUUCAAACCAAAUGAAACUCUAAUCAUAACCUGCAACAACCGAGAAUGGAACUGUGGAAUUCUUCAGUGCACCACAUCACUGCCGUCUAAAAUUCCGCAAACAACAAGCUUUUCUGUCACCGUUGAUAUCGCAAUAGACACGUCCAAAAUUGCAAAAGAGCUCGGCAAGAAGGAAAUGGUUAUGAUCGAGACGACUGCAACCGUAAAAGUCUUGGAACCUAACGUUAACUUCAGGCGAUCAAGCAUUGAUAAUCCGAAUUUUUAUCGACUCUCGACGGUUCUGCAACGCAUCGUGGUCAAGAAGAUUUCACUUUGGAUUUACGUCGGUGCGGGAGCCGGGGGACUGUUGUUGGUGUUUCUUAUCAUUGGUGGAUUGUACAAAGCAGGCUUCUUCCGAAGAAAGGUUAAGGAGGAACUGAAGGUUUUGAAAAGACAGACCCAAAUGCUGCUGGACCAUAACAGAACUGAGCAAUUGGAAGCCCGCAUUGCUAGUUUACUAGCUGCUCAGGAAAAUGAGGAAGGAGAUGAGGACGACGAUGAAGCAAAAGCUUGAGGGUUUAUACGAAUGAAUAUAUUUAUUUAACAAGUGAUUGGAUCUUGUGAUGUACAUAAAACAGUAAUUAUAGCUUGUAUUUCAAUAUCAGAUCUCAAUUUAUGAAGAGUUUGCAAUGAAAAUAUAAUUGUUGUGUGCUCUGGGCUCUCGUUGCAAUUAGGAGUUAAAAGGAUGAUAACUUUGUAUUCAAACGAGUCAAUCGGUAUAUAAUUAAUUUCACAAUUUGGCAUAAAUUCAUUUAAAUGUCACAAUUUUUAUAGACUGAUAUAGCUGUUGUUUUAUAUUAGCCAAAUAGACUAUCUUAGACCGCAAUUUAAUUACUGCUUUGCUUUUGUUUAAUUUAUUUGACAAACAUCAAUAUGUAGCUCUUAACUUUGAGAAAAGGAAAAACCCUGUGGGGUGAAUAUAAUUAAUAGCAGAAAUCACCGUUUUAAUAAAUAUGUAGUUCAUUUUGAA